AUGUCGCCACCGUCUGUGCACUACAGUGGGGGAGCAGCGCCGAUUGAAGAUGGAGGAGAGGAGGUGGAGUUCGCCUCUCCACCGAGUGUCCACAUUGACCACCUGGACGCUAAUCACGAUGAUGCGCCACUCCGGUUCCGCAAGAUCGACAACAUCGUUGGGCUGGCCUCGCCACGUGGUCUCGCGUCGCGGGCGUUAAUUGCAAAGGAGCUGCACGCUGUAAGUUCUGAUGAGCCGGUCUCUUUUGUUGAAGCAGAGGGCCACCCGAGCUGGAGGAAGGCUAUGGAGGAGGAGAUGGCGUCGAUCGAGGAAAACAGCACCUGGUCCCUGGUAGACCUCCCACAUGGUCGCCGGGCGAUCGGGUUGAAGUGGGUGUACAAGGUGAAGCGGGAUGAAAACGGAGCCGUGGCGAAGUACAAGGCGCGCCUGAUGGUGAAGGGCUAUGCGCAACGCCAAGGGAUCGACUACGACGAGGUGUUCGCACCUGUGGCGCGGCUGGACACGGUGCGCCUUCUCAUUGCUCUCGCGGCGCACGAGGGGUGA